AAAAACGAGAUUCAUUAUUAUCGAGUUCAAAGGAAAAUGAGUCAUUUGCGCCAAUUACAAAGAACAUUCAUUGUUUAAAUUCAAAAGAAUCUACAACAAUCUUGAAACGUCCUCAACAAAACAGAGAAAAAAUGCUCCGAUCUCUACUCCAGGAUAUUCUAGACAUGCGUCAAAGAUUGCGCGAGUCAGAUCCCACAAUAGUCGGUGUCAAUGAAGCAUUAGAAACUACAUUGAGCUUAAGUCACGAUUACUUUCAGACGAAAUCUCGAUACAAGUUUCUCGAGCUCGAAACAAAUGAUAGAGAAUAUCUUUGUAAUCUAGACCCACAGCUCGUUGAGGAAAUAUGCGCUGAAAUGACGGCGCUUGAUGACUAUUUUUGCUUCCAUUAUGAAAGGAUGAUCGAUAAUAUAAUGCUUUCCUUUAUCAAAGAACAGGGACUGAAUGGGUUCAAAAAAAUUUUUGAAACAUUGUCAAAACAUUCACCUCAAAUGGCUAAACAGAAAGAGAGAAUAUACAUUAAUUGGCUUGAAACCGAAGGGGAGCAUAGUGAGAUGGAAUCUUUAACAAGUGAUUAUGAAGUUUCCGAUCUAGAUGACUCUGAAUUUGCGCUUGAUUCUGAACUUGAGCUUGACUCUGAAUUUGAGUUUGAUUCCGAGUGUGAGCUUGGUUCCGAAUGUGAAUGUGAGCUUGAUACGGAAUGUGAGAUUGAUUCCGAAUGUGAUAAUUCAGAUUGGAUUAACGACGACAUAGUAAUAACGUCCAAGAAUCGAGAUGUGAAUAUACAAAGUUCGUCACAGCUACUGCCGCAAAACCAACGAAUUAAUAUCCUAUGGUUGCCACUUCUUAUUUUUGGAAUAUUUUUUCGCCUUAUAACUUUUAUAUUUGUUCGAGACUCAAAAAAUAUCAAGGACAAUUAUGAGACGGAAGACAUUGAUAAAAUAAUCAUUUCAAAUAAUAUUGAUGAAAUUCUACAAACAAUUAUAGAUAACUUUAAUAAUAGUCAUAGCAAUGAGAAUAAUGACAAUGAUAGUUUUCAGAAUAAAACAUCAAUAAUACCGACAAAAACAUUCCUUCGAUCUAGAACUAGGAAACGAAUUGCUAAUAGAGCUCCUCGAUCGCGAUAA